AUGACGCGCCACGGAAAGAACUCCACAGCAGCCUCGGUUUACACCUACCAUGAGCGACGAAGAGACGCAAAAGCGAGCGGGUAUGGAACUCUUCAUGCUCGUCUCGGUGCAGACUCGAUUAAGGAGUUUCAUUGCUGCUCACUGACUCUUCAGCCAUGCAGAAAUCCAGUAGUUUCUCCAACUGGCUACAUUUUCGACCGUGAAGCGAUUCUUGAAAACAUUCUGGCACAGAAGAAGGCGUAUGCAAAGAAACUCAAAGAAUACGAGAAACAAGUGUCUGAGGAGAAGGCUGUAGAAGUGCAAGCUUUGGGACAAGCAGAAGCUUUCACUAAAAAAACACAGUUUUCGGCCAUCGAAAGUACUCCUAGCAGGACUGGAGCAAUAGGAACUCCAAAAGUUGAGGCAGGAUCUUUGAAGCGGACUGGAGGCGUGAUAUCAAGUGAAAUAGCCGCAAAAGUGAAAGCCCAUGGUGAGGAAGGAACAAUGUCAAACAUGAAAGGAGAUAAAAGUACUGCUCUUCCUAGUUUCUGGAUACCAGAACUGAAUCCAACUGCUGCUGCUACCAAACUGGAAAAGCCAAGUUCGAAAGUUCUGUGUCCGGUUUCGGGAAAACCAAUCAAAAUGAAGGAGUUAUUAGAAGUGAAGUUCACUCCAAUGCCAGGCACAGAAAAUUCAGCAAAGCCUAAAUUUGUGUGUCCAGUUACCAGAGAUGAAUUGACAAACACUACGAAAUGCGCGUAUCUCAAGAAAUCAAAGGCUGUUGUCAAGUUUGACGUCGUGGAAAAGUUGAUAAAAGGAGACGGAGUGGAUCCAAUCAACGGAGAACCAAUGGGCGAAGAUGAUAUCAUCGAGCUGCAAAGAGGAGGAACCGGAUAUGCUGCUACGAAUGAGGUCAAGGCGAAGUUGAUCAGACCCCAACUCGAACUACAGUAA